ACAGGCGACUAUGAAGUCCACACUCUAGAGCUGCUGGAGACAGACAGAGACAGAGAGGGAAAGAGAGAUGCAGGCGCUUAUUUACGGGUUCUACGUGGCGGCUCUCGCGCUGCUGUUGACCGGGUUGCGCGAGCUGCUGUUUGGCUUCGAGGAGAACCGGUGCAGCAUGACCUACAUGUUCGAGCAUCCCGAAUACCGGCGUGUCCAGCUUCCACGGCGUGUAGCCCGUCAGUACCCUGCCUAUGGACUCUACCUAUACGGUGAAGGUCUGUACGCUCAAGAAACACGAAAUCUCAAACUCAGCGGUGCUCCUGUGCUCUUUUUACCUGGAAAUGCUGGCAGCUACAAGCAAGUUCGUUCCCUGGGAUCCGUGGCGUUAAGGAAAGCUGAGGGCUUAGAGGGAGGAAUCCACCUGAACGUCUUCACCAUCGACUUCAACGAGGAGCUGGUGGCUCUUUACGGUGGAAGCCUGAGUCGGCAAACUCAUUUUCUCUAUGAGAGCAUCAAGGUCAUCCUGCAGCUUUACAAGAACAAUCCAGAUCCUCCGAGCAGCGUGGUGUUGGUGGGUCACUCUAUGGGUGGUGUGGUCGCACGGGCUCUGUUCUCUCUCCCUCGCUUUAAUCCUCGUCUGGUCAGCCUCAUCCUCACCCAGGCCUCUCCUCACCAGGCACCUAUUCUCUCCUUGGAUCCCUUCAUACUCGAUUUCUACUCGUCCGUCAGGAGGCGCUGGAGUGCCCGAGCAGGGAGUUUGCGUAAUGUGACCGUCUUGUCUGUGGGAGGUGGAUACCGGGACUAUCAGGUUCGAUCAGGCCUGACCACCUUGACCUGCCCUGUAGACGACCCGAACAAGAUGGCCGUCAUGGUGACUGCUGUUCCCAGGACGUGGGUGUCUACUGAUCACCUGUCCAUCGUCUGGUGUAAGGAGUUGGUACUGGCCACAGUGCGGGCAUUCUUUGACCUCAUUGAACCUGAAACAGGGCAGUUCACAAAGGACACUGAGAAAACGAUGUCUGUACUGAAUCAUCACUUCAUUCGGCACCCGGUGCAGCUCCCUGGCGAGCCAAUCGACCCCGCAGUCAGCUUUUUAGGCCCCCUAGAUGCCUGGAGUGAAGUAAACACACUUCGUCUGUUCUACAGCGCUCCCAAGGAAGUUCGAGUUCAGUACUUCCUGUUUGCGCUUUCCAGCCGAAAGGAAGCCUACACGCAUUUCUACUGCCGCAGCAACAACCUGGAAAUGUCCAGCUGGCUGUUUGGCUGCACGCAGAUGAACGGAUCUGUUUGUGUUCAAGCAGUGGAUUUGUCCUUCAGAACAGAACUUCUUCCAGCUUAUAAGGUUCUAAUUGUGAAAUUGAGUGAGCUGGUCGCCGUCUCUCAUCUGGUCCUCGAUGCCUCAAACCCCAAUGCGCGACAGUUUAUAGUGGAGUGCGAGUGGCAGAGGGAGGAAAGCCUGAUCGUCUCCGUCCCCGUCCCUCAUGUCCUGUCUUUUGGUUUGACAGUAAGCGAUGUCACCAUUAACUCCUCUGGGCUGCAACACACUGUACAACUGCAGCACUUUCACCAGGUUUAUCAGGCCUUUAGGAUCACAGUGAGCAGCCAGUGCAAGAUCGCCAAAGAAAGACAGCCUAGUAUCUACAGAUUGAAGGUGCCAUGGUUUCGGGAAGAUUCCUUCGUCACAGCAGGAAUUCCUUCAGCCACAGAGAUUAGUGGCAUGCUCCACACAAACCGCCAAGAUAACACCUCAAGUGCCCUCCUACAGCUCCACACUGCCCCUAACUGCCAGUACAAGAUCUCGGUGCGCGCCUCCUUCCCUAAAGUGCUCGGACAGAUCCUGCGUUUCUGUGGACCUGUGCUUCCCGUGUACGUGGCUGUGGCGCUCCUGCUCGCUUUAAAGAGGCAGCUGUCUGCCGUCCUGCGAACGGGUCGAGCUGUUAAUGCCAGAGACACAGUGGCUAAUAGUUUACAGCUACAUAAACUCGAGCCUCCUGUCCUGCUGCUGCACCUGCUCCUCAGACUGGGCUGGUUUCAGGAAGGCUGGUCUGCUCUUGGUCUCCCUGCAGUGGAUCUCUUGCCUCUGACCCCAUCGGAAGACGUGUCCCAUGAUGUAGCGGGGGGGCUUGGCCAGGACUGGCCCCGUCUUGUUUCACCACUGCUGUGCAUUCUGGGUGCUGCAGUGGCUUUUUGGGGAAGUGCUGUUCUCAGCAUGUCUUUACGUGCCCUGUCUCUCCUCUUGGCUCCACUGCACAGGCCUUCAGUCUCUCGUCACUGUGGCACCCUUUAUCCUCAUGCUCAGAUCCUCCUCAUCCUCGGUCUGAGCGCGCUUGGCGGAGUCACGUGUGGAGCUCUUUCAGUCACCAUCAGCUUUCUGCUCUAUCUCUACCGAGUCCUCCGAUUACAUAUGACGGAGAGAUAUUUAAGUCACAUGAUGAACCUGGCACCACAAAGUAUGCAGCAGAACACAGAGAACGGCUGCAGCACUAGUGAAAUCCAGAAGAAGCUCAACAAAUGUAAUGGCACCCCGCUCUUAUCAGAGUCCGCACUACAGGAGGUCAGAGACGACCUGCAGCUUCACCUGAACGUGUCUGCGGUACUUACUCUACCUGUGAUACUCUGCGCUCCCUCGCUCAUCUACUGGAGUAAAAACAUCAGAUAUUCUACUCGUUUGGAUCCGGACCCAUUCUGGCCACAGACGGUACCUCUGCUCAUCGCAACCGUGCUACUCGUAAACUGCAACACACUCCGACUGAGCCACAGUAAGCUGAUGCUGUGGCCCACUUCGCGCGUGUUACUUCCUCUCAGUGUAGCCAUGUUGACAUUUUCUACGCUUCAUCUAUAUCGGGUCACUCACUUCCUGUCCGCUGCUCUGACGCUGCUGGCGGCUUCCUGUUACCUUUGACCCCCGUCUCAAUCCACAAGACCAGACCGAAACAGCCUUAUCGUGCCCCUGCAUUGGCGCAGUGAUUCCAGUGGGUUUAAGAAUCACGUGGUUGGUCAUGUGACAUCAUGCUGCUGAACAGGGUAAUAGAGGUCAUUAAAGAGUUAUGAUUUCUUUAUUUAUCUUUUUUUUUCCCUCUUCGGGGUUGUACUGUACAUUUGCUUAUAGUUCGAGUCAUAACAGAUGACCAGCAGCCUGCUUAUCCUGCCUUGGUGUUUCUCUGCUUCUGGGUGUGUGCCUGCGUGUCCAGCCUUAAAUCAUUUUUAAUAUCCAGUAGGGGAUUAUUUUUCACAGUAUGCACAACAGCCUUCCGAUUAUAUAAAUCUCAAAAGACUAUUUUUUACAUUAACAGGUCAUGCAAUAGUAUAACAUGCCUUUUUUUACAUUGAAAAGAUUUUGCCAAGCAAUUUUUUUCCCCUGCAAAUUUAGCUCUAAUGUAGUCAUUAGAACCUUCCAGGACAUGAUGUCUGAUGUCUUGCUCUGGAGCUACGACCUGAAGGUGGAAUGAAAACGCUAGCUCUGAACGUUCAGAUGUUACAGAGGCGGCCAUCUUGGAACAGCAGAACGAGGUGGUUACUCUGAACGCUUUGGUGUUAUUUCGCCUACAUGUACAGCUAAGGUUUUCCAAAAAUGUAUUUUUAACAUGAUGAUUUUUCCAGAUUUGUGAAAAAUUUCUUUAAGGAAAAAAUAAAUGUUCAUAGUAGCUCCAGUACAAAACUAAGGAGAGAUAUGUCAGUAAACGUGACUCCUUUGUUCAGGGUAAAUGCAGAAAACUGUUGAAAACUAAACUAUUUUCAAAGCUUUUAUACACUGUCUGGCUAGAAAAAGGUCACCAUUUUGAAUGUGUAAAAUUAUUGGCUUGUAUCAAGCAAAAAAAAAAAAGUGCGACUAAGAAAUGUUAAUUAUUAAAACCUGGAAGUAUAGUGUUGAAGUAUGAUCUUUGGUUGGAAAUAUUAAUGGAUGUGGAUCACUUGAAGUUGCAUCAUGAAGACAGUAGAAAUCAGUCCCGUGUUUACUAAGUGUCUCAGAGUAGAAAAUCGCUCCUAUGUGGCCACAAACUCCCAGAGUGAUGUGAUGAUUUUUGUCCUACUUUUUGUAAUAGGAGUAAGAGCAAUUUAACAACAUUCUUAAAAUAGGAAAUCACUCCUAUUUCCAUCAAAAUGUAAGAGAGCUCCGUAGGUGUCCUAGAAGUUGUGUUGGAAGUUGCAAGGCGGAGGAGAGACAUUUUGGUAACAUCAAGUGACACUGAGCUUAUAAAAAUACGUAUGGACAGAAAUAAAAUACUUUUUUUCUGUAACACAUCACAUGCUGUAUAAACAUUAACGAAGAUUUCGUAUGCCGUCUCCACAGAGGUCUGCUGCUUUGCGUUUCUUUAGUAGCAGUGAAGAUGCAGCUUUGAAAAAGUGAUGAUUUGGGUUUGUCAAAGCCGUCAAUAUCAGAAACGAUGAAUUAAACUCUGCUCUUACAGCACCACAGAUUAUGCACAGAUUCAUACGUUUCCUCGCCACACAGCGUGAAAAGAACAAAAAACAAGCCUGCAUUCAUGCGCAUCACUAGUUUUUCCCGCAGUUGCGGGCAUCAUCCAAGGCAAACGCAUUAAAAUAAUCAUCCUGAGGACUGAUGAGGAGGCUUAUGUAGACCAAAAACAUUAUCACAGCUUGGACAUUCAAAUGGUUAUGGAUGCAACAUGAUCAUCGAUUUAAUAUAUACAUAUAAUAUUUUAAAAAACAUUUUAAAAACACAUUAGCACUUAUCAUGCAUAGUGUCCACUGUGCAAGCCUCUGGAGGCAGUGUUAUGAUCUGGGGUUGGUUCAGUUGCUUAGGUUUAGGCUCAGCAGCGUUAUGUGGCAAUAAAUUGAAGUCAGUGCGUCACACCUAUGGAGUUUUUCUUUUUCCCUGAUGGCCUGGACACAUGACCUGGACACCACAUUGCACACUAAGGAUGCUUGAAUGAAAUUGAAAUGUACGUGACUAUUUUUUGGCCAGGCAGUGUAGCUUACAUCACCUUUGUGUACAGUACUUAUUAUAACAUUAAAGGGUUACACAGGACCUUUUGUUUUUUCACAAACGUGUCUAUGUCUGUACCGGUUAAGUCUAUCAUGGUUUAGUGUUGAGACAGCGAUGGGAUUGUAGUAAAUGUAGAGCUCUCUCUCUCUCUCUCUCUCUCUCAUUCAGCUGUCUCUCUGGGUUUAAAAAUCAGCACACACCAAAUCGUUCCAGUCACUCAUCCAAUCAGAUCAAUCAGAUUGCGAGCCAGUGCCUUGCUUCAUGCCCUUUUCACCAAUAAGGACAGAUCAGUGAUUGUCAAUCUGACCAGCGUUCAUGAUUUGCUUCAACACUUCAUUCUCUCAGAAAUGGGAUAAUGUUUGGAAUUUCCCUGUUACAUAGGACCAGGUUUCCCCAAAACACCCUCCUCCCAUGAGAAACGACAUGCUGGUGUGUCACCUGCACUGUGAAUGUACCAUGUUUGCGAUUGUGAUUUUGCUAACCACUGUUACCGUGUGCUUUCUUCUUUUACGUGCUGAAAUCUAAAUGCAAGCAGGUUUCUUUUUCUAGUGAAACUUUUGCCUAGGGGUUUUGUAUAGGUGUGUGUGUUUGUGUGCGUGUGAUAUUUUUUGAAAUUGGUGUACACUGUGACAUGCUGUGAUCGUGAUGUGUUUCUACACCGUCAUGGCUGACUACGGCAAAAAGUCACCUUUCAUGGUGAAGAAUAAUUUUAUUUAUUGUUUUUUUUU